AUGGCUUCUCUGAGUUCUUCAUGUGUUGUGUUUUGUCUGAUAAUUUGGGUUCCACCAUUGUUGUCUGGUUUCUUCGUGGCUUCCUAUGAGUUCCAUGUCGGUGGCGAUGAAGGCUGGAUAAAGCCGGCUGCAAAUCAAACAGAGAUUUAUAAUCACUGGGCUAAAAAUAACAGGUUCCAUGUUGGAGACUCUCUUUACUUCAAGUACCAGAACGAUUCAGUUCUGGUAGUGAACAAAACCAGUUACAAGAACUGUGAUGUGUCCAACCCAAUCUUGAAAUUUGAAGACGGCAACACCACUUUCUGGUUUGAUCGAUAUGGGUAUUUCUACUUCAUAAGCGGGGAGCCAGGAAACUGCAAAGCUGGGCAGAAACUGAUCAUACGCGUGAUGGUUGACCCUGUUGCUCAUGCACCGCAAUCACCAGCACCAUCACCUGGAGGCGAAGAAAGUGGUGGUUCAGGCGGUGGAGACGGGUGGGAUUCCUUUAGCUGGGGCCCGCCCUCGAUGAACUCCACAAUCAAGCAGUCUGUUGCUUCUUAUUUCUUGACUGCUCUUGGGGGGAUGCUUGUUGUUCUCUAUUUGUUGAUGUAG